AAAUAAAAAUCAACCUAUAGAAUUUAGUUUGGUUCGGGCUGUUUGAAAAAUGGGCCGAGAUUCAUUUGUAACCCAUAUCUCGAAGUCCCCGUUACUUUGCUUCCAAUGGAAUUUGCAGCCCAUUUUCCCUCGAGUUCCAACAAUGGCUUCCUGAAUCCGAUUCCGGAGCUCCAUCGCCACCAUCGUCAACCCCAAAGAUCACAUCAUGAAGCUUGCUCUUUCCAUCCUCUUCCUCUCUCUCAGGCUUCUCCUCUUGUCUUCGUCCUGCCACUGCUAGAGGCGGCCUUCACAGUUCCUACCCUCCAGGCUUCGAAUUUGGUCCUCGCGCUGGUUCCGGCAGGCAAUUGUUUGAAGAUAAUGAGUCUCAGACGCGUGUUGAUGUAGCUCAAGGGUACAUGACUAACUCUGACCUGGGACAGGCCAUUAAGGCGUUCGGCCAAAGAUGCAGUAACAUUUCUACGGCUUACAGUUUUGGGAAGAGUGUGAAUAGGGUUCUGCUGUGGGUAGUAGCAAUUUCUGCUAAGCCCGGGGUGGAAGAGCCUGAAGCUGCAUUUAAGUACAUUGGAAAUGUGCAUGGAGAUGAACCUGUAGGCCGUGAGCUUCUAAUUCUACUUGCAAAUUGGAUAUGUGACAACUAUUUGAAAGAUCCUCUGGUUUCGAAUUUGGUCUUCGCGCUGGUUCCGGCAGGCAAUUGUUUGAAGAUAACGAGUCUCAGAUGCGCGCUAUGGUACCUAGAGCCUUGUUCCUUAUCAUCCCACCAUGAAUCUUCUUCCAAACUAGUGGGUAUGCAAGAUAAAACGACGUGCAUAUGGUUCGAUCGAGAGACAUAAGGCGAGGUUGUGGCCAAUGGUUUUCAUAAAAAACCAGGGAUUCGCUGCAACAAGACUUUUAGUCCUGUUGUAAAGACAGUCCCAUUCGGCUUGUGCUUGGUUUGGCAGUGUCAAAGAAGGGGCAUGUAAGGCUGUUGGACAUCUAAAACGCUUUCUUGCGUGGUUAUCUCAUUGAGGAAGUUUAUCUGAAACAAACAACGGGUUUCAUUGACAAGCAGUACCUGCACCUAGGGGUGGGUUCAAAAAACCAAAAACCGAAAAAAACCGACAACCGAACCGGACCGAGGCCGAAAAAAACCGAACCGCAAAAAAACCGAACCGAAAUUGUCAAACCAAACCGAACCGAAUCUGACCAGUUUGGUUUCGGUUUUUGAGGCUCGGAAACCGAACCGAUAUAUAUAUAUAAUUUUUUGAAUAUUUAUAAAUAGUUUAGUCAUACAAUCAAUGAAACUUUACAAGCCAUGGAGGCAUGGGUUCGAACCCUCAUGCCUCCCUCAAAUUCUCUUUGUGUUUUGCCAUUUUUAUUUUCUGGGUUUGAAAAAAAAAAAAAAAAAAAAAAAAAACCCGAACCGGGCCGAAACCGAACCGAAUACAAACCGAACCGAACACAAACCGAUAGAAAACCGAACCGAACCGAACAGUAAUUUCGGUUCGGUUUCCGGUUUUCGCAAAAAACCGAACCGAACGGAACCGAACCCACCCCUACCUGCACCAUGUUUACAAGUUUCAGCACAGUGUACAUGGGUUAAAACAAGCGCCGAGAGCUUGGUUUCAGAUAUUCUAUGAUUUCUUGCUUCAAUUGGGAUUUCAAGAAUCCAAGUGUGAUUAUUCUUUGUUUGUGUUUAAUCAAAGAGGAGUAUAUAAAAUCCAAGUGUGAUUAUUCUUUGUUUGUGUUCAAUCAAAGAGGAGUAUAUCUCACCUUACUAAUCUAUGUGGAUGAUAUAUUGCUCACAGGAAACAACACUUAUCAAAUGGCUCGGUUGAUAAAGAGACUGGGCAUUUUAUUUUCCAUGAAGGACUUGGGUCCUCUCAACUACUUCCAAGGUGUUGAAGUAACUUGCUCUGGUGAUCAAAUGCAUUAAAUUUACCAAUGCCAAGCCAAUCUCGACUCCAGUUUCUUCUGGACAAAAACUGAGUGCUUUUGGGAUUGAAUUAGACCAAAGUGUUGGAGGUGCCCUACAUUAUUUGACCAUUACGAGACCUGAUCUUUCUUAAGUUGUGAACCAAGUGCGUCAGUCCUUGCUUUCGCCCAACAACACUCAUUGGAUGGCAGUUAAGAGGAUCCUACGUUAUUUGAAGGCUACCUAUGAUCAGGAUCUUGUUUAUAGACCUGGAGGUGUACAAUUGACUGCUUUCUCUGAUUCAGAUUAUGUAGAGAACCUAGACACACGCCAUUCAACUGGAGGCUUCUGUGUAUAGUUGGGUAAAAACUUAAUACAGUUUCCACGUCUAGCACUGAAGCUGAAUGUAGGCAGCUUGCAUACACUGCCGCUGAGUUGCCUUGGUUAUGUUCGUUGUUUAGGGACAUACAUUAGAAUCUUCUAAGAUAACAGAUUUGGUAUGAUAAUUUGUCUUCCAUUGCCUUAGCAUCCAAUCCAGUUUUCCACUCGAGAACCAAGCACUUAGAAGUUGAUUAUCAUUAUGUCAGGGAGAAGGUGAUUAGAGGUGAGCUACUCGUGAAUUUUAUUUGUUCACAAGAUCAAAUUGCUGAUUUGUUCACGAAGGGUUAUCUUCAUUUUGAUUUAAACUGCUGGUGUCCAAGCUUCCAGUUGUGCUACGAUCUGUCAGCUUGCCGGGGGAUGUUAGACCAAAGCAGACUUCUAGUUUCCAAUCAUACUCUCAGGUUUGUUAUCUGUGUGAUUCAUCCUUAUCUCAACACAAGUCUGUUAGGUCUGGGAUUAUUUGAAUAUUUCUUAGCUGAGUUAAUUAGUAUGAUUUGCUUUUGACAAAAAAUAAAAAUAAAAAUUAGUAUGAAGUUUAAACUUCAAAACUACCCAGUAAAUAGGGUUUUGAAAGGGUAUGCAAAUUCAGCUGAAAACCUACCAAUGAUGUCAGGCACAAUACUUUCAAUGCUUAGUUUUUGCAUCACCAAAGCCAAGUUUUAAUCAAACCAAAGUUGUUGAGCAAAAAGUGUUGUUUCCUUAGCAACGUUUCUGUUUCUGGACUACAAGUUUGUAUUAGUUACAAAA